AUGACAAGUCCCAACCUCACAGUCCACCAUCUCCAAGUCGGCCAGGGCGAGCGCAUCCCCUGGCUCCUCGAGGAACUCAACAUCCCGUACAAGCUAGAAACCUACCAGCGCUCACCGCUCCUCUCGCCCCCAGAACUCAAGUCCAAGCACCCUCUCGGCGCCUCCCCGGUGCUGGAAGACCACACCGACCCGUCCAAGCCGAUCGUGCUCGCCGAAUCAGGCGCGAUUGUGGACUACAUAAUCGGCAAGUACGCCAACGGCAAACUCGCUCUAGGGCCCACACACAGCAAUUUCGCAGACUACCUCUACUGGUUCCACUUCUCCAACUCGACGCUGCAGCCCGCGCUCUUCCGCCGCGCCAUGUUGCGCGGCGCCAUCCCAAACGCAUCCGCAGAUAUGCGCUACCUGGGCGCAGACAUGCGUGCCAGAGGUGCUCUGAGCCACUUGAACAAUCGCUUGCAGUCCCACAAGUGGCUUGCGGGCGAAGAGUUUACCGCGGCGGAUGUCAUGACGGGCUGGUGCGUGACGACGAUGCGUAUGUUUGAGCCGAUUGACUUGAGCGAGUACGAAGGGAUUUUGGGGUGGGUGAGGAGGUUCGGCGAGAGGGAGGCGUACAGGACGGCGCUGCGGAAGAGCGAUCCGAGUAUCAACCUGGAGGAGACGUCGAGCGCGAAGGGACCCGCGCCUGUGGAGUUGUUUGCUAAGGCUAUGGCGGGGAAGAUGUAG